UUCGUUAACCAUUGGUAUGCAUGGGAAAAUUGUCGUUUUCAACAUGAAAAUCCAUUUUGGGCCAAAGUACUCGACUGUUAUCCCUUAAACAAACUUCAAUUCAAUAUAUACUCUACAGUUUGUUCAUCUCCUGGAGAAACCUCGAUCUUGAAAUACUACAGACCAUUAAGGUUAAAUCAAAAUCUCAUUAAUCUAACUUGAAUUAAGCAGUGACCUUAAUCUCGAUAACGCUAACAACCUGACCUCGCAGCUUCUAGUGCUUUUCUGUGCGUUACUGCUUAGUACGCUAUCAUACAACUUAUCAGAAAUGACAUGAUAAACAUGUAAUAAGGGAGAGUUAAAGUAAAGUAACCUGCUUAAUUUAACAAUCACAGACUACUUAAAGUAACGACUACACACAUACAACUUCCAGACAGAUGCAUGGAAACACGUUAAAUGUCUUAUGAAGAAAUAAGCAUUUUUCUGAAUGUUUUAAGUUUAAUUUCCAUAGUAUUUUCAAUCACACAUUUAAAAGUGAAAGGCGAUCGCUAAAUGAUUUCUUCAAGCGCAAUUGUUCAACCAAAGCACUCUAUCUGCUGGGUGAGAUAACCCGCUUGUUGACGUGGAGUUGAAAUGAGGUCAAGAACUGCCCGCGAAACCUUUGCAACAACGCAAUAACAAAAGCAGUGAGCAGGCGUGUGUAGGCUACUCCAAUAACCUGCCCAGCAGUAUAUACCUGCCAACUUGUAGACCAUUCUCCUACUGUUAACAGAUUCAACCGAUGUCUCAAGUACGCACGACCCAGAUGUGCUGACCAUGCCACCACCCCGUUCCCCCACCACCCCCCGUCCCCCCUCAGACCAGCGGUUAUGUCUGCUAGGCAAACAAAACCACGACCUCCAGGCUAGGCUGCAGACACUGACCACCAACAUUGACAAACUAGAUGGCAGCACAACGUCAAUAUCACUGGAUAAUUUUGAAAGGAUAUCCAACGCGUAUGAAAACCUCUAUACGCAUGGAGGAUUCCGUAGAAGGAGGAAGUCUCACGAAGGAGUGGUUCCAAAUGAAAGCCGGUCCCAAGAAUCGAGCACAAUGCAAAUGGAUUUACUUGGGCUGCCAACUGAGAACUCGCAGCAAGACAUGGAGACAAACAGUAUUGUCCAACCUCGGCGCCAUUCCAUAUCUGAGGGGGAUCUUCCUCGGCAACGUCACAGAUCACAUACCGUAACCCAUUGUGUGACACUCAGCCAAACGACUAACAUCCCUGAAGAUGAACCAGACACGCUUUCCGCUUUGAAACGAUCGACACGCACACGGGAAGUUUGUCCUGGUGAUGUACAAACUGCGACUGCAGUCACUGUCACUGAGCUGUCAGCGGGCGUCACCCCCACGGCAAAACUUGGCGAAGAUUGUCUCUUCCCUCCCAUUGUUCCUGCACGCAGACGACACUCCAUCGAUGUUUCUGCUGACCUUGGGCGCCAUCUUCACCGACUAUCGCCUGAGGGGUACAAGGGUUCCUUUGAAAGACUUGAGACGAUUGGCGAGGCUGCAAUGGCCCGGUUACGGCCCCGCCAUGACCCCAGUCACCACAGGGGGAUACCAGCCCAUCUUUACCCUGAAUUCUUCCACAUCUACUGUCAUGACUCCCCUGGCGGCAGGUAUCAACAUCAUGAACCUUUCCAUGGCGCUGGUCCUAGGCGGCGGUCACGAUCUCUUGGUGCCUCCGACCUGAUGCCGUCAAGACAUGGAGAGCGGCGAGAUCACCCCCACGUACCACCCCCUAUCCCCGAGUACCGCGUCAUGUCCAGUCUCCGUCCCUCAAACGCAGUAGUCCAGGCAGGGGAACAGGGCCUGGCCUCGUGGUGCGGGAUGUCCAGGAAAAGGUUGGAGAGAGUGCAGGCUUUGGACAACAACGGUGAAGGGAAACAGGCCUCGGAAUAUCAAUGAAGACAAUGACAUGUUUAAAUAAAUGAUCUGCAAAGUUUGAUUCAUAUUUUUUAUAUUAUGGCCUACAGUUUAUUGGAUGCUGGCAUGGCUAACCAGUUUACCUAGCUACUCAGUGUUGACGGACUUUAUGUACAAAACAAUGGGCAGAAAUGUUUUAUUUAUUUCCAUGAACGUGUAGUGCCUGCGCAGUGCUACAGAGCAGUGCAGAUGUGACAAUGUGAGCGUGUCUCACCUAAAGCAAUCUCACUACUGCCAGGCCCUAGAGUUCUCAUUGCAUUUGUAGAGAACGUAAGUUACGGUUGUGACAAAUUGCCCUCGAGUGUGUUUGAACUCCUAGUGUGGCCAUACAGUUAAUUGUGUGUGAUAACGUGAAAGUCGAGGUCUCGUGUUAGACCACCAAACUCUCGGUUUACAUUUACAGAAAGAGCUGUUCGCAGAUGUUACACAUAUUAUUUCACAAGAGCCUUGAUGUAAUAUUUAUCAUUAAAUUAUCCAGACUCGUGAUUGAUCGUCUUCUC